CGCUGAGCUUAAGCAAGCUACCAAUACAAACUUAAUCCUUAGUUAAAGCACACAAAAUGAACCUACUAAAUUUGGCUUAUCUCGCUCUAAUCGCUGUCUUCUAUCUGUUUCUCUGUCGUGGAACCGCCGGAGGAUCCAGUAACAGCCGAAGUGCAGUUGGAAUCGGCGCGAUCCUCGAUGUGGGUUCUCGCGUUGGUAGAGAAGAGAAAACCGCCAUUGAAAUAGCUCUCCACAAUUUCAACACCAAGUCCUCGAAUACCCGCCACAAUUUCUCUGUUUACUUCCGGGAUCCUCAGAGCGACCCUCUCAAAGCUGCUUACGCCGCUGAAGGGUUGAUUAAAACACAGAAGGUGGAGGCAAUUGUUGGGAUGCACACAUGGGCCGAAUCGGCGAUGGUUGGCGAAGUCGGAAGCCGGGCUCAAAUUCCGUUGCUUUCACUCUCUCCGUCGUCAAUUUCGGCGCCGCUAAAGCAAUUGCGCUGGCCGUUUUUGAUUAAUUUGGCGGGCAGUAACGGCUCUGAAGAGAUUCAGUGCAUCGCAGCUCUGGUUCGCUUCUAUAGUUGGAAAAGGGUUGUAGUGAUUUACGAAGACGAUGCGUAUGGUGGGAAUUCCGGGAAACUUGAUUUGUUAGCCGAAGCGCUGCAAAAAUCUGAUUCGGAGAUUGAGCACCGAUUAAUUUUCCCACCUUAUAACUCUUUAGUCAACGGAUCGAAAGAACUGGUACGGGAUGAACUAAUAGGACUAUUCAGGAAACAGAGUCGGGUCUUCAUAGUUCUCCAAGCUUCUCUUCCCAUGGCAAUUGACAUUUUCAGGGAAGCUAAGAGCGUGGGACUUUCGGGAAGAGAUUCAGCUUGGAUUGUCACGGAAGGGAUAACAAGCCUUCUGGACUCCGUUGAAGACUCUGUUAUUUCCUCCAUGGAAGGAACUCUAGGAAUCAAGAGAGAUUUCCCUAAUCACGGUGGUGAUUAUGAAAAUUUCAAAUCCCAAUUUAGGGGGAAAUUCAGGUCAGAAUAUCCAGAGGAAGACAAUUUGGUUCCUGGUAUUCACGCUUUGAGAGCUUACGAUGGGAUCAGGGCCAUAGCAGAGGCGGCGGAGAAAAGAAAAACAGGGGAAAAAAUUAUGCUGUCAGGGAAUUUCACCGGGCUGAGCGGCGAAAUAUGCCUCACCGCCGGCGGGGAGCCUUGUCCGGUCCCCUUGUUGAGGGUUGUUAACGUCGUGGGCAGAAGUUACAGAGAGCUGGAUUUCUGGCUGCCGGGUUUCGGGUUUUCCAAGACCCGGAAUGUUCACGUCACAGAGGAGGAAAGCGGGUUGUCGGGUACGGUGAUGUGGCCGGGGGAUUUAGUUGAUCGGCCCCCUACGGGCUGGGCAAUGCCCACCGAUUCGAAGCCGUUGAGGAUUGUGAUCCCCAAGAGAACGUCGUUCGAGAAGUUCGCGUCGUGGCCGGACGGGAAGAAAAGGCCCGAAGGCUACUGCAUCUCACUGUUCGAUAAAGUGCUCCGGCAGCUGAACUACGCGCUGCCGCACGAGUACUUCUGCUACGACGGGCCCUACGACGACUUGAUUCAGGGCGUUUACAAUCAGACAUAUGAUGCAGCAGUUGGAGAUAUAACGAUCUUGGCCGAUCGAUACAAAUACGUGGACUUUACGCAGCCGUUUACAGAGUCUGGAUUGUCGACGAUCGUGCCAUCGUCACCCGACGACUCUGCGUGGAUGUUCACCAAGCCUUUCGAUUUCAAGAUGUGGACGAUGUGCCUUGCCCUUCUCGCCUAUACCAUAGUGGUGGUUUGGUUCAUGGAGCACAACUCCAACCCUGAAUUCCAAGGCCCAUGGAAUGCUCAACUAGGCACGGCUCUUUGGUUCAUCUUCUGCUCUCUCUUCUUCGUUCAGAAGGAGAAGAUCAACAACAACAUUACAAGAGUGGCGGUGGUGGUGUGGUUCUGCGUGGUGUUCAUCCUGACGCAGAGCUACACCGCAAGCUUGACCUCGAUGCUCACCGUCAAGAGGCUGGGCCCCGAUUUCGAGAUCCUGAAGCAGAACAAGCUCUACGUCGGCUGCGAUAACGAUUCCUUCGUCAAGAACUACCUCGAGACGGUGCUCGACUUCCAGCCUGACAGAAUCCGGAUCUUCGACAACGAGUCGCAGUACACAACGGCGUUCGAGACCAAGGAGAUCGCCGCCGCGUUCCUCGAAAUCCCCUACGAGAAGAUCUUCAUCAACAAGCACUGCGGCGAGUACACCACCACCAGAGCAAGCAACCGAUUUGGCGGAUUCGGAUUCGCGUUCCAGAAGGGUUCCCCGAUCGCGAGGGAUUUCUCAGAGGCAAUUCUGAGUUUGUCGGAGGACGGAACGUUGAGGAAAUUGGAAGAGGAGUGGUUCGGUCCGGUAACGGAGUGUCCGACGAGCGACAAGUUGACGCUUCACAGCUUUGUGGGUCUGUUCAGCAUAUCAGCUGGAACGUCCACCAUGUGUUUGAUAAUAUUCCUGAUCCGGCUGAAGCGGCAUGGAGGGAAGAUGGCGCGUGUUCAUGACGUGGAUGAAGAGGAGACUGGGAGUUUGGCGGGGGAAGAUAUGGGUUCCGGGUCGGGGAAACCCGGUGGUCCGACUCCGAGUCGGGCUGUGACGUUCCCGGCGGAACACGGUUUAAGCCAUCAAUGGUGGAGGUCGACGAGCUGCAGGUGGCGAUCUGUGGGUUCAAGUGACCCAGUCGAGGAAGCAUCUCCGGCGGUGAUAGAAAUGCCUAAGUUUUAGACUUUUGGGAAUCAGAUCGGUGAAAGAAAGACGGAUGGAAGUUGCUAGUUUCUCAGAGAAGGGCAACGGCUUGUGCUACUCUGCUAGUAAGGUUCUAGGAAAGCAUUGUUAGAGAUUUUUUGCUUGUAAAUAUAUACUAGCUUUUCAU